UGGCCGAAGACGUGCGUGAUCCUGCGGUUUAGGGGAGGGGGAGGACACCGGCCGGCUUCUUGGAACAAACCAACUGUGCCUGGACCGGAGGGGGGGAGCAGGAUCGAACGGACGGAGGAGAAGUAGGCAGCAGCAGCUGCGGCUCCCCCCCUCCUUGCCCCGCCCGAGGACGGCGGCGGGGUGAAGGCCGGGGCGGCGCCUCCCUCAGGAGGGCUGAGAAGGUGCAGGAGCUGACCCUGUUGAUCAUGGGUGGUCCAUGGGUAGUGAGAUCUGAGCAAGAAGGUGGUUGUGAAGGAGUCUGAAAGCGCCCAGAUUAAAUUUUCUCAUUGGUGAUCACAGCUAUCUGACUGGUCGGAAGCUGGAUUCACGUUGCAGAAACCUGAUUUUCAGGGUAGCGCCUAAAGGCUCCAGCGGAGAUCAGGGCCCCAUUAUGGUAGGCACUGAAAAGACACAAUAAGAGACAGCCCCUGCCCAAAGAGCUUACAAUCAAAUUUAAGUGCAACAGCUAUCCCCAGUCAGACCCUUCCCAGGGUCUCCUGGCCCGUGAGGUUCCUUGCCUUUGGUGAGGAGACAGAGAUUGAGAAGAAUCCUUGAGAGGAGCGCUCAAAACAAAAAGAAAACGAGCGCGGGAGCUGAUGAGUGCACAGCAUAGCUCUGCACAGAGGAGCAGAACCUAAGGAGGCAUGGCAGAGUAUCAACAGCGCAGAGGUGAUGAGAGAGACUGAUGCUUAUCCAAGUCUCUUCCAGCUUGUUUUCAACUAUGGCUGUUGAUUCUGCAUAUUCAUUGGAUGGUAAUACAAGAUGUCAAGAGCAGCAGUAACAGGUCGACUUGAUCCCAUUGUGUUUUUGUCGCCAUGACAACACCACACUACUAGCAACAGCCAGUUAACCAGCGAUCAAGGGAGGAGUUCGAUGAUUGAUUCUAAUCGGACCAAAAGUUGCAUUUGCAACAAAAAGGCUGGAGACAGCCAUCAUCACGACAAGAAGAUGAAAUUUCCAUUUUAUUGGCCCCUUAUUAAGCAGGCACAAUAACAUUUUCUUUCAGAGACUUGCUAAUAAAAACUGUUUUGGUUAUGGCUACUGAUCCUACGUGAUUGGGCGCGCACCAACUCUCAGACUCAUGACUGGGUAUACCAUGUUGCGGAAUGGGGGAGUGGGGAAUGGUGGCCAACCCUGGAUGUUACGAUGGUCCAGUCGGAUCCGGCUCACCUGGCUUAGCUUUACCCUAUUCAUCAUCCUCGUCUUCUUCCCCCUCAUCGCCCACUACUACUUGACCACCAUUGAUGACGCGGAUGAUGCCGGCAAGCGCAUCUUCGGCCCCCGCACCGGAAAUGAGUUGUGUGAGGUGAAGCAUGUCCAGGACCUAUGCCGCAUCCGUGAGUCAGUCAGCGAGGAGCUGCUCCAGCUGGAGGCCAAGCGACAGGAGCUCAACAGCGAGAUCGCCAAGUUGAACCUGAAAAUUGAAGCCUGCAAGAAGAGCAUAGAAAACGCCAAGCAGGAUCUCCUGCAGCUGAAGAAUGUCAUCAGCCAGACUGAGCAUUCCUACAAAGAACUGAUGGCUCAGAACCAGCCAAAGCUCUCCUUGCCAAUCCGGCUGCUGCCAGACAAAGAUGAAGCUAACUUGCCUUUGCCAAAAUCCAGCAGGAACUGCAGGCUGCACAACUGCUUUGACUACUCACGCUGCCCACUGACAUCUGGCUUCCCAGUGUAUGUCUACAACAGUGAUCAGUACCCUUUUGGUAGCGCCUUAGACCCUUUAAUUAAGCAAGCCUUUGAGGCAACUGUCAGAACUAAUGUUUAUGUUACUGAAAACGCAAACAUUGCUUGUGUGUAUAUAAUUUUAGUGGGGGAAAUGCAAGAGCCCAUAAUGCCAAAACCUACUGAACUAGAGCAACAGUUGCACUCUUUGCCAUAUUGGAGAACUGAUGGACACAACCAUCUCAUCAUUAAUUUAUCGAGGAAAUCGGAAACUCAGAACUUUAUCUAUAACAUCAGCACAGGGCGCGCCAUGAUUGCCCAAUCCACCUUUUAUGAUGUACAGUAUCGGCCAGGUUUUGAUAUUGUUGUAUCGCCUCUAGUCCAUGCAAUGUCCGAACCCAACUUCCUAGAGAUCCCACCCCAGGUGCCAGUAAAGCGAAAGUACCUGUUCAGUUUCCAGGGAGAGAAAAUAGAGUCUCUUCGAUCCAGCUUGCAAGAGGUUCGUUCGUUUGAAGAGGAAAUCGAAGGCAAUGCCCCAGCUGACUAUGAUGAUCGGAUCAUUACCACCUUGAAGGCUGUCCAAGACAGUAAACUGGACUUUGUCCUGGUGGAAUUCACUUGUAAGAACCAGCCUAAGGCAAGUCUGCCCACUGAGUGGGCUCUUUGUGGAGAAAGGGAUGACAGAUUAGAGCUACUGAAGCUAUCUACUUUUGCACUGAUAAUCACACCAGGGGACACCCAUCUAUUGAUCUCUGCUGGGUGUACCAUGAGACUCUUUGAGGCUCUGGAAGUCGGAGCCAUCCCAGUGAUUCUUGGAGAACAAGUUCAGCUGCCCUAUCAUGAUAUGAUCCGGUGGAACGAGGCAGCCUUAAUCAUACCAAAGCCACGUAUCACAGAAGUGCACUUUCUUCUGAGAAGCAUUUCUGACAAUGAUCUCCUUACCAUGAGGAGGCAGGGCCGCUUCUUGUGGGAGACCUACUUCUCCACCUCUGACAAUGUAUUCAGCACAGUCUUAGCCAUCAUAAGGACUCGAAUUCAAAUCCCGGCUGCUCCUAUUCGAGAAGAAACUGCAGUGGAGAUUCCUCACCGCUCUGGCAAAGCUGCUGGUACUGACCCCAACAUGGCAGACAAUGGUGACUUAGACCUGGGGCCUGUGGAAACAGAACCACCCUAUGCAUCUCCCAAAUACCUUCGCAAUUUUACUCUCACAGCAAUGGAUAUCUACAGGAAUUGGAAUUCAGCUCCAGGUCCUUUCCACCUCUUUCCACAUACACCCUUUGAUCCCAUUUUACCUUCAGAAGCUAAGUUCCUUGGGUCUGGGACUGGAUUUCGACCAAUUGGAGGAGGAGCAGGUGGUUCUGGGAAAGAGUUCCAAGCUGCCUUGGGUGGCAAUGUCCCAAGGGAGCAGUUCACAGUAGUCAUGUUAACCUACGAGCGGGAGGAAGUGUUAAUGAACUCCCUAGAGAGACUCAAUGGACUCCCUUACUUAAAUAAAGUUGUAGUAGUGUGGAACUCCCCCAAACUUCCGUCCGAAGACCUCUUGUGGCCAGACAUUGGUGUCCCAAUCAUGGUAAGAAAUACCCAAAUGCUCAAUUUGGUUUAACAUUUUUACGGUGGGAAAUAACUUAGACAGUUUUAUCAGUUCUGUAACUUGGUGCAUCUGCCUAGACAUCCAGCGUUGUGCUGAAGUUUGUUGUUAUACUGUGGCC